GUUGGGAGGGUCGGGUGGGCAAAUCGCGACAACGAGAAGUUUCGGCUACGCACAACAGACUCGAGUUCCAAUUUUGGGCUUUGGCCUGCCCUCGCUGGCACCGCGAGGGCAGUUCCGGGGCACCAGUUCCGGGGCGCUAUGCGUGGCCGAUUCCCGUGCCGCGAGGUGUCGCCGGCCCCGGCGGGUGUGGCGCCGUGGAGUCGGUGGCCGAUGGCGUUCGGGCCGCCUACGCCAUCAUGCGCGCCGCCCUGGCGGCGGAGACCCGUGCUCGGGCAGGAUGCGGCGGCUGCCGAGUUCGGGCAGUGGCUGCGGGCCAUCGGCCUUUGCGGCAGCGGUGGCGGCGGCAGGGUGGGCGCCGGCGCCGCCAACCCCUGCAGCGGGGUCUUCGUGGAGGAUUUCCGCAAGGGGUGCCAGCGGCUGGCGGUCGCGGCCGGCUACCAGGAGCGCUCCGCUGUAUCGCUGGCGGAGUCCAAGUCCCGGGCGCUGUGCGACCACCUGGGUGGGCAGGCGGUGGCGGCCGCGGGCGCCGACGCCCUGCUGCUGCUGCUGCUGCUGCUGCUGCUGCUGCUGCUGCUGCUGCUGCGCGACUUGUGCCUAGCCUCUUCCUCUGGGGGACAGCUACCCGCGGCCAUGACGCCGGCCGGUUGGAGCUGGGCGACCUCAUCAUGCCGCCGUCGGCGGGCGCCGCGGGGGGCGCACUGCCACAGCUUCGUGCGCACCCUGGCGCACUUCGUGGAGUGCUGCCGCGCCGCGGCCCAGGGGCCUGUGGACCGACUCGAGAGGAGGCACCGCUGACUUGCGCCGCCAUCGGAAUGCGGUUGCGCAAGCACCUAUGCGACGCGGGGCUGUUCGCGGGCGAGACCACACACAGCUUUCGCCGCGGCACGCUGCAGGCGGCUGCCGCCCCUGGAGCUAGCACGGAGGAGCUGCACUCGCACGGACAGAUCCGCAGCCCGGCUGUGCUGCAGCGCUACCUGGACCCCCUCCGCCACCUGGGUGGCUUGCCCGUCUCUUGGCUGUGGUUCGCGGCGCCUGGUGUGUGCGGCCGGCUAGGUAGCGUAGGCUGUCGCCAGUGCGGACUCGUGCGGAUGCAAGGUGCCGAGGGGUGUGAGAGGCUGGGUGUUGUGUGCUGGUGCUUCCCCCCAAUCCACUGCGCCUGGGGCGCGGAAGGCAUGUAGGGUGUGUGGGUGUGUGGGUGGGCCUUUGAAGGCUAGACGGUGAUCGACGCCAAUGUCGUUACAGAGCUAUAGUCAAUAGCUGCGGUCUAGCAGCGCUUAGUGGCGGAGUGCAGGCGGCGAGGUUUCCCAGGCUUCAAGACUUCGCGGUGCCCGUACGACU